CAUUGCCGUUCGUUUCACUUUCACCGACGCUUCUCUCUGUGCUUUUCAUCCUUACUGUUUCUCUCCUCCAUCGUAGACCAUGAGAUUAUCCGUCGGUAGAGUUUUUGAUUACGGCCAUACUCUUUUCACUUCCUCCAUCGUUGUGUAAGUUUGUUUUUCUUGUUCCGACAAGAAACUAUUGUAAGUAUUAAUGAAGAUGCUGAAGAUGGUGAAUCGAAGAAGAUGAUGAAAAAUAUCUGAUUAUUUUCUCCAAUUCACCACCUUCAUCAUCUUCUUCUUCUUCUUCAUUGAUUCUGUUAAUUCAAAACUCUAAAGAUAAGUUUUUUUUUUUUUUUUUUUUUUAAUACGAACUAUUGUAAAAUCUGUUUUUUUUUCUUUUUCCCUUAUUUUAUUGAAUUUUGUUUGGCCGUCAAGUAUAUAUAAUGUAUGUUGUUAACUUAUAUAGCUUGUUAUGAACUGGCUAAAGUCCUGGUCUCCUACAAAAAUUGUUAAUUUAUCUUCAUAUGUUUAAAUUAACAUUAUCAAUAAAACCAGCCGUGUUGGUUGUGUUGUGUGACCCAAUAGAACAGAGUAUGAUAAGAAUAUUUGAAGCCGGUGUCUAAUAGAAUAUUCAAGCACGUCUAUGCCUCCAUUAGCCUUCUGUUCAUUUGUCCAGCUCAAUUUUGACCAUUGUUGUUAGCCAUUGAUUUUGGUUUCCACAUGAGAAGUAAUGGCGUCUUUUCUCCGAGUCAUUGUUCUAUCAUGGGCUUUUACCGUUGCGUGGUUUACCCUAUGGAUGUUGAUGUUAUACUUAACGAACGAGAUGAAGCUAAAGUUCACGGACGCAGCUGCAGUUGUAAAUGUCUUUGCUGGUGUAUCAGCUAUAGGUCAUCUCGGCAUGCAGUUUCUUGUUGAUGCAUUUAUUGGUCACUUUUGGAUGCUCUGUCUCUCUACUUUAGCAUUCGGUUUCGGUUUCGGGUUCUUGGCAAUAUCAGCGUCACCAAUACUUUCUGGCAAUGGACAAAAGGGACUGUUCUACGUAGCGCUAACAGUUAUAUCCGUUGGUAUAUUUGGACGAUCAAUCUCUUUGGGAGUGUUUACAGAAGACCAACUAGAAGACGGUAGGAACAAGGGAUCUCCCGCAAAGCUCGUUAGCUUUGUCAUUGGUAAUGUGGGGAAUUUUGUCUUCUUGUUACUUGCUGCUAGUGCAAUGCCUCAGAUAAGUCCGUGGUUUGUAAGAUUCGCCAUCCCUGCUGGCUGUGAGGUAUUAGCUAUGCUGAUUUUUAUGUCCGGUGCACGUUCAUACAAACGGGAAAUACCAAGUAGAAGCCCUUUGACAACUGUUCUCCGGGUCUUUGUUGCUUCUGCUUCCAAGAUGUCGUGUGCAUACCCGAACAACUCAACCCAUCUCUAUGAAAAAACCGAGUGUGAUCUAGAUAUAAAGCCCCACACAAGUAGCUUGAGGUGCCUAGACAGAGCUGCAAUGAUACUACAAACCGAGCCCUUGGAGCAACAGAGGAAAAACAGAUGGAAACUUUGCCGGGUGACAGAAGUGGAGCAAACCAAAAGCGUGAUACGCGCGGUACCAUUGUUCGUGACAUCUCUCAUUUCUGGGAUUGUCUUCUCUCUCGGUAACACUUUCUUCCUUGAACAAGCAAACAAUAUGGACUCCACGUUCGGAUCAUGGAAUCUCCCUCUCCCACUCCUCUUACUCUUUAGUGAGGCUGCAAGACUAGGAUCCCGAGAACUAUGUGUCAAGGCUGCAAAACGCAGCCACGGCAUUGACCCCGAAUCAGCAAAACAAACCAAAACUCCAUAUGGUAUACCAGUCUCGAUCAUCCUAUCGACAUUCUGCUGCUCCAUUGCUGCACACGUUGAGUCUAGGAGGCUCAAAGUGGUUAGCAUUCAAGGUUUGGUGUCUGAAACCAUCCCAAUGAGUGUUUUCUGGCUGCUCCCACAGUACAUUCUUCUGGGGUCAAUUACAGGAAUCUACGAAAACAGUUUUGCUCUUUACCUAGAAGAAACAGUGCCUGAUGAGUUAAGCCAAUACAUGGUUCUGCUAAACGUGGGGGUGUGCGGCGUCGGGAUCAUGAGCAAUAUAGCUCUUGUUAGUGUGGUGGGCAGAGUAAGCGGAGGCAAAUGGUUUCAAGAGACAAUAAACAAGAGCCGGUUGGAUUAUUAUUACUGGGUUUUAACAGUGCUUUGCAUGUUCAAUCUCUUGUUGUAUUUCUCUGUAACCUAUAGGUACACAAGGUGCUACAAAAAAGAUGGUGCAGAACAAGAAAACGUUAGAUAAAAAAGAUAGCUUUUGUAUAGUAAACUUUGUUGUAUGCCUAAGAUUUCAUUUGUAUGUAUGUACUGAUAGGCCCAUGAGAGCUAGAAGAGGUGAUUGUGUUAUGGCUUUGGAAAACAUGAAAUAAUAAAAAAGUCAUCAUCUUCCAUCAA